GGCGGUGGCGGUGGCAGCGGCGCUUGUGGUGGUGGCUGCGGUAGCUGAGUGAACUGAAGCAUUGGCAAGCUCAUCUUUGGCGAUCUUGGCCCUGGCUUCGGCUCAUGGCACCGAGAAGCAUCCAUCGUAAGAUCAUUAACUGAAGACCAAAUAAAUAGCUAUGCAAAAUUCCCACAUGGAUGAGUACAGGAACUCUGAUAAUGGCAGCACAGGCAACAGUUCAGAGGUAGUGAUAGAGCAUCCAGAUUUUAGUACUGAGAUUAUGAACGUUACGGAGAUGGAGCAGUCGCCUGAUGCCUCUCCCAGCGCACAUGUAUCUACAGAAGAAAACGAAAUGGCAAAUGCUGUGGACCUUCCAGUGACAGAAACAGAAGGAAACUUCCCUCCAGAGUUUGAAAAAUUUUGGAAAACAGUAGAAACGAAUCCUCAGGAUUUUACAGGAUGGGUAUAUUUGCUUCAGUAUGUAGAACAGGAGAAUCACUUGAUGGCUGCCAGAAAAGCAUUUGACAAAUUUUUCAUACAUUACCCGUAUUGCUAUGGUUACUGGAAAAAGUAUGCAGACCUUGAAAAGCGACAUGACAACAUUAAACAAUCAGAUGAGGUGCGUAUAUCAAUGAAUACAGUUUUCUCUGUUAGGUACUGUAAGCCAAUUAAUAACAAAACAGACUUUCUUUUUCUGGCUGGCAGUACCUACCAUUUAUGGUCAAACUUUUUUUAUAGGGUAUUUUAUUUGCAUUUGUCACUAUUGUGGCAUUUGUAGCUAAUAUUUUCUCUCUUUGUUGGCAGGUGCGUUAAACUUCUACAGUUUGUCAAGCUUUGCAGUGCAAGCCUCUGUAUUACACUGCAGCUUAACAAGUAGGGCAGGGCUUUUCUCUCACAUUUAUUUCUCAUUUUCCAAACAAUAUAGUUGGUUUGCUAGUCACAUUUGCUACGUCUUAUUGCAUUUUUGGUCAGACGCUGUCAUUGAUGCUCUAAUGGGUCUGUGCCCUAUGGUCUGUAACCCAAAGCCUGCCCACACAACCCGGUCAGAAUGCAGGGACUGCUGCGCUUUGAAGAUCAAGACUCUGCACGUGGGGAUCAGAACAUUGCCAUGUUCUAUCCAACCUCCACCCAAAUGGUUUAUCGACGGGGGCUUCAGGCAAUACCUCUUAGUGUUGAUCUUUGGAUACAUUAUAUAAACUUCUUAAAAGAAACAUUGGACCCUGGUGAUCCUGAGACAAACAGUACAAUAAGAGGAACUUUUGAGCAUGCUGUUCUAGCUGCAGGAACGGAUUUUCGAUCUGACAAAUUAUGGGAAAUGUAUAUAAACUGGGAGAAUGAACAGGGAAAUCUGAGAGAAGUUACAGCUGUAUACGAUCGUAUUCUUGGUAUUCCAACCCAGCUGUACAGUCAUCAUUUUCAGAGAUUUAAAGAACAUGUGCAAAAUAACUUGCCUAGAGAUCUUUUAACUGGUGAACAGUUUAUUCAGUUGAGAAGGGAAUUAGCUUCUGUAAAUGGACACAAUGGUGAUGACGGACCUCCUGGUGAUGACCUUCCAUCAGGAAUUGAAGACAUAACUGAUCCAGCAAAGCUAAUUACUGAAAUAGAAAACAUGAGACAUAGAAUCAUUGAAAUUCAUCAAGAAAUGUUUAAUUAUAAUGAGCAUGAAGUUAGUAAGAGGUGGACAUUUGAAGAAGGUAUUAAAAGACCUUAUUUUCAUGUGAAACCACUGGAAAAGGCUCAGCUAAAAAACUGGAAAGAAUACUUAGAAUUUGAAAUUGAAAAUGGGACUCAUGAAAGAGUCGUGGUUCUCUUUGAAAGAUGUGUCAUAUCUUGUGCCCUCUAUGAGGAGUUUUGGAUUAAGUAUGCCAAGUACAUGGAAAACCAUAGCAUUGAAGGAGUGAGGCAUGUCUUCAGCAGAGCUUGUACUGUUCAUCUCCCAAAGAAGCCCAUGGCACACAUGCUUUGGGCAGCUUUUGAGGAACAACAGGGGAAUAUUAAUGAAGCCAGGAUUAUCUUGAGAACGUUUGAAGAAUGUGUUCUAGGAUUGGCAAUGGUUCGAUUGCGAAGAGUUAGUUUAGAACGACGGCAUGGAAAUAUGGAAGAAGCUGAACAUUUGCUUCAAGACGCUAUAAAGAAUGCCAAAUCAAAUAAUGAGUCAUCAUUUUAUGCUAUCAAACUAGCCCGACAUCUUUUCAAAAUACAGAAAAACCUUCCAAAAUCAAGAAAGGUACUUUUGGAAGCAAUCGAAAAAGAUAAGGAAAACACAAAGUUAUACCUCAAUUUACUUGAAAUGGAAUACAGUUGUGACCUCAAGCAAAAUGAAGAAAAUAUCCUCAAUUGCUUUGACAAAGCCAUACAUGGUUCAUUGCCUAUUAAAAUGAGAAUUACAUUUUCUCAAAGAAAAGUGGAAUUCCUUGAAGAUUUUGGCUCAGAUGUUAAUAAGCUUCUGAAUGCAUAUGAUGAACAUCAAACACUUCUAAAAGAACAGGACACUUUAAAAAGGAAAGCUGAAAAUGGCUCAGAAGAACCAGAAGAAAAGAAAGCACACACAGAAGAUAUAUCAUCAGCACAGAUCAUCGAUGGGGAUUUACAGGCAAAUCAAGCUGCAUAUAAUUACAGUGCCUGGUAUCAGUACAAUUAUCAGAAUCCCUGGAAUUACGGACAGUAUUAUCCUCCACCUCCAACCUGAAGGGAAUACGUAAAUUUCAGAUGGCUUAUAUAAGAUAAUGUGGAACUAUUUUUUUUGAAGGAUGUAAAACAUAGUAUAAGCUUGUUGUAUUUGAUAAUUUGUCUUCCCAGUUUCUGUGUAACAUUUAUUUAGUUAAUAGCAGGAAAUGUCAAUUAAUAGUGUAUCAUAGAAAUUUUCCUACCAUUUUUAAAAUUUACUUUUUAUUGAAGAACUAUUUUUUUUAUUUUUAUUUUUUAUUUUAUUGUAUCUUUUUGCAUUAAAUGGUCUAGAAUUCUUUUGCAGCUCAUGCAGGAGAUUUGUAGCCUUAACUGUAGGGGGAAAACUGACUGUAAAUCAUGUCAGUUAAAAAAGAUUUUUUGGGGGAAAAAAAAGGGCUGGUUAUUGAGAAUCUUGCCUCCUAUAAAAACAGACUUUUGAAAAAUUGACUUUUAACCUUAAACCCCAAGGUUAUGUAUAUGUUUUGAUUAUACUGGGGAAUUUGGCUCUAACUGCAGGAUAGAUGAACUGUUGACAUGCACUGCCUUUGACUAGAUAAUAAUGGAGAAAGUGUAAUGUCAGCUUCCCCUUAAGAAAUGAAAUAUCAAAGUGUUUUAGAGUUUGUAUCUAGAAUAUUCAUGUAAAACUUAUGAGCAAGCUUUCAUUUUGAUCAAAUUUACCAUUUUUGUAAUAAAAAUUAAGACUCAUGCA